CUUCAAUCAAUAUUUUUUGUCUCUUGAAAUCGAACUGUAGGACACUGUAAAAAUAAAUUUAGAAAUAUGGAAGAGGCAACACUGAACGAUCUGCUUGCGAUUGCGGAUGAUGUGGAGGGACAUGAGGAGCCACAGGAAGGACCUGCAGCCGGAACCCUGCUCUAUUUCAGGACGAAAAUGUGGCAUUUCUGGAACUGGAACAUCCGCAUGGUCACCUACGUGGAGCGUUUACCUCUCGAGUAUUUUGCUGGCUUCUGGAAUUUUCACAUUGUACGUGCGGGAGACUAUUUGGAUCCACGAUUAAAUUUGAGGCGUUUCCAAUGGUACCACAUAUCGGUGAUAUUUCGUGGCACAAGCUUGUGGACACCACAGCGAAAUAUUCCGAUUCGUCGUCCCAUUGUAAAUCCAAUUGAAAUUCUAUAAGCGACACCCCAUCCUACUACCGCCUGCCCAUCGUCCCAAAGCCCAACGAAAGUAGAACCCCGCCUCCUUCUCAGGGGACCGACACC